AUGUACGUUUCUUUGAGAAUUGAUAACAUCACGCAUCCUUCUUUCCCACCACAUUAUUCAGCCUUCUCCCACUUCCACAAAAUCACCAUUUCUUCCACAACCACUAUUGAGUACCUCCAAAUUUUGUAUAUUUUGCUCUUUCUCACACAAAAGUUUGAUUCUUCUUCAUCCUCAACACUUCCAAUGUAUUCCUUACCCCAUCACAAGUAUACACCAAGCUUCUACCACAAAGUUGGUAAGAAUCGCCAACCCUUCCAUCCAUUUCGGAUAUUUUACUCUACCACUACAACUUCUACAUCCAAAUCUAAUGUUACACCACUUGUUAUUGAGCCCAAACUUGUGCCGGCGGGAUCAACGGUGGUUACCACCGUUGAUAACCGUCGUCCGAUGAACAAUGACCCUAGUUUGCAAUCAACAUGGUCUCAUAGAGCAUGGGUGACAUUUGGGUGCACAACUUUGCUCAUUUCUUUGGGAGAAUCUAUAAAGGGUGCAAUGGAUUUAAACAUGUGGGCUGAGCCCAUCGUGGCAAGUUGGGUUGGUUACAUUUUAGCUGAUCUUGGAUCUGGAGUUUCUCAUUGGGUCAUUGACAAUUAUGGUGAUGACUCAACCCCAAUUGUUGGAGCCCAAAUUGAAGCCUUUCAAGGCCACCACAAGUGGCCUUGGACCAUUACUAGGCGCGAAUUUGCCAACAAUUUGCAUGCAUUGGCACGCGCGGUGACCUUCAUGGUGCUUCCUAUAGUCUUGGUUUGUCAUGACCCAGUUGUUCAAGGAUUUGUUGGGGUGUGUUCAGGUUGCAUCAUGUUUAGCCAACAGUUUCAUGCAUGGGCACAUGGCACGAAGAGCCGGCUUCCGCCGCUUGUGGUGGCGUUACAAGAGGCCGGCGUGCUCGUGUCACGGUCCCAGCAUGCCGCCCACCACCGGCCGCCGUAUAACAACAACUACUGUACAGUGAGUGGAGUGUGGAAUGAGUUUUUGGACAAGCAUAAGGUCUUUGAAGCUUUGGAAAUGGUGUUGUAUUUUAAAACUGGGGUUAAGCCGAGGUCAUGGAGUGAACCUGCCUCUGGAUGGAUUGAGGAGAUUGAGACCUCUUCUCAAGUCCAAGCCCAAUGA